CCGCUCUCUCCGGCCGGCCCAGGGUGCCCACAGCUCAGCCUCCCCGGCCUCCGGGGUGCAUCGGAACCCACCCGACCCCGCCGCCAGCUCGUGGACAUGGAGACCCCUGCCUGGCCCCGGGUCCCGCAGGGGACCGCAAUUGCUCGGAUGCUCCUGCACGGCUGGGUCCUCUCCCAGGUGGUCAGCGCUUCAGGCACUACAGAUGUAGUGGUAGCAUAUAAUUUAACUUGGAAAUCAACUAAUUUCAAGACAAUUUUGGAGUGGGAACCCAAACCCAUUGAUCAUGUCUACACUGUUGAGAUAAGUUCUAAAUUUGGAAAUUGGAAAAGCAAAUGCUUCUACACCACAGACACAGAGUGCGACGUCACCGACGAGAUUGCGCAGGACGUGAAGCAGACGUACCUGGCGCGGGUCCUUUCCUACCCUGCAAGGAACGCAGAUGCCGUGGGCUCUGUGGGGGAGCCUCCGUUCCAGAACUCCCCAGAGUUUACACCUUACCUGGAGACAAACCUUGGGCAGCCAACAAUUCAGAGUUUUGAACAAGUUGGUACAAAACUGAAUGUGAUAGUACAAGAUGCACGUACCUUAGUCAGAAUGAAUGGCACAUUCCUGAGCCUCCGGGAUGUUUUUGGCAAGGACUUAAACUAUACGCUUUAUUACUGGAAAGCUUCAAGUACAGGAAAGAAAACAGCCAAGACAAACACAAAUGAGUUUUUGAUUGAUGUGGAUAAAGGAGAAAACUACUGUUUCAAUGUUCAAGCAGUGAUUCCAUCCCGAAGAACUAACCAGAAAAGCCCAGAAAGCCCCAUUGAGUGCACAAGCCAAGGGAAAGGUGAACUCAGAGAAAUGUUCUUUAUCAUUGGAGUAGUGGUGUUCGUGGUCAUCAUCCUUAUCAUCGUCUUGGCUAUAUCGCUACACAAGUGCAGAAAGGCAAAAGCAAGGAGAAGUGGGAAGGAGAACUCCCCACUGAACGUUGCAUAAAGGAAACACUGGCAGCUGCCAACUACUGCAAAUGCUGUAUUGCACUGUGACCAAGAACUUUUCAGAGACUAUAUGGAAACACAAAUGAGUAUUCUGGAGCAUGAAGACCCUUGGGUUUGAAAAAGCUCUUGAUAUACCCUGUUAUUGCAAUUAGCAUUCUUAUUUUGACACCAACCAGCAUUAGUCACUUUGAAAUGUAAUGAACGGUACAACCAAUGUUUUAACACUAUGGCACCUUUGCACAUACCAUGCUUUAGAUUAUAUAUUCUGCAUUCAAGGAGAAACCAGGUCACCCAAGCAAAAACAAAUGAACAAAUGCCUUAAUAAUUCCUGGGUGGACUUUUGAGGAGCUUUCGAGAAGCUGACUUCAAACUAUGUAGGCAAGUAAAAUGGAAAUUGGGUGGACUUUUCUAACAUAUAUCUAUAAUAUGGUGUUUAGGUUCUUUUUGUUUUUUAGGAGUACAUUUGAAAGUCCAAAACAAUUGGCAAACUUUAUAUUAAUGUGUUAAAUGCAGGAGAAUUCUAUUUUGGGUACCUUUCUAAUAUGCAUUAGGGUUUAGCACUUUAACUGACUUAUGUGGUGAUGAUUAAACAUUUGAGAGCUAACUAUAUUUUUAUAAGACUACUAUACUAACAAACUAUACAGAGUUUAUGAUUUAAGGUACUUAAAGCUUCUAUGGUCAGCAUUAUAAAUAUUUAUAUAAUUUUUUAAACGGUUUUGUAUAUGGGGAUUUUCUAUUUAUAUAGGUAAUAUUCUAUUUGUAUAUAUUGCAGUAAUUUAUUUAAUAUACUUUUGUAUAAAUAAAGGUGACUGGGAAUUGUU